CAGCUGGAGCGGAUUUCAGGAAAAGAGGAAAAUGGGGGCUCUCAAGCCCUCUCCAGCUUCCCUCCGUCGUCCUUCCUGAUUGGCUGUGUAUCCCCGGAGCCCAACUUCAGUCGCUCCAGACUGUGUCUGAGCCCCCACAGGAGACGGAGCGCUGCGACCCAGGGCAGGAGGGGCGGCCAGGCCACCUAUUCCUGGGUUUGGCAUCUCUCGGGGCCCCAGGGGGGGAGGAGCGCCGACAGGGUAGGCAUCCAUCGCCUCCUCCAGGCCCAAUUCUCGGCGUCUAGCAGCCUCGGUUCCUCUCCGCCCCCCUUUCCCUCCCAGCGUCGGCCUCCCUCCUCCUCCCCCCUCACCCGCCCGCCUGCCCGCCACCUCCCCCCGGUUUCUCAUUCCUGCCACUAGCGCGCUCCGCGGCUCAUUCCGCGGCCGCCGCCAGCUGAGGGGAGCGUCGCGGGCCGAGGAGCAGAUGCCGCGGGGGCCGCUCGCAGCCGCCGCCGACUUGUGAAUGGGACUCGGACCGGGGCCCGGGCUGACACCGCUGCGCUCGCCCCGUGCCAGGGACAGCCGGCCAGGAGGUCGUGUCCACCCGCAACGGCCCCAGAAAUUACUGUGCUUUGUGGCCCUUUGAAGACAUUCAGUUCUGUUAUUUAUUGAAUGACCAAUCAGAUGGGUGGAGCAUGUUAUAGGAAUUGGCAGCAGGUAUCCAAUGGGUGAAGAAGGUAGUUUUGUUCGGAACAAGAAAAGUCAGAAGUGGAAUCUAAUUUUUUUCCACACAUUCAUAUGGAACAUUUAUUCACAGUUGGAGCUGACAUUGCUCACAAUGUUGUUUCGGAAGCUGACUGCGGAGGUGACCAACCCUGGCGUGAUGUCCUCAGUGAGUGAAGAUAUUCCAUUCCAGAGGAGGUCUACUUGACACAUCUGGGAGGCCGCCAUCCGAAAGAAAGCCACUCUGUUGGUGUAGGGAGUGACAGCUGCAUUCUCCUGUGCCUACUGCAUAACCAAAAAUGAAGGAGAACUACUGUUUACAAGCUGCCCUGGUGUGCCUGAGCAUGCUAUACCACAGCCAGGCGUUUGCUCUGGAGCGACGAAGCCACCUGCAUCCCUCUUUCCAUGGACACCAUGAGAAGGGCAAGGAGGGGCAGGUGCUGCAACGCUCCAAGAGAGGCUGGGUCUGGAACCAAUUCUUUGUGAUAGAAGAGUACACCGGGCCUGACCCUGUGCUGGUGGGCAGGCUUCAUUCUGACAUUGACUCCGGUGAUGGGAACAUUAAAUACAUUCUCUCAGGUGAAGGAGCGGGAACCAUUUUUGUGAUUGAUGACAAAUCAGGGAACAUUCAUGCCACCAAGACAUUGGACCGAGAGGAGAGAGCCCAGUACACACUGAUGGCUCAGGCGGUGGACAGGGACACCAACAGACCACUGGAGCCACCUUCAGAAUUCAUUGUUAAGGUCCAGGACAUUAAUGACAACCCUCCAGAGUUUCUGCAUGAAAUCUAUCAUGCCAAUGUGCCUGAGAGGUCCAAUGUGGGAACAUCAGUUAUCCAAGUGACAGCCUCUGAUGCAGAUGAUCCCACCUAUGGAAAUAGUGCCAAGUUAGUGUAUAGCAUCCUUGAAGGACAACCCUAUUUCUCGGUGGAGGCCCAAACAGGUAUCAUCAGGACAGCCCUUCCCAAUAUGGACAGAGAAGCCAAGGAGGAGUACCACGUGGUGAUCCAGGCCAAGGACAUGGGUGGACACAUGGGUGGACUCUCAGGGACAACCAAAGUGACGAUCACUCUGACUGAUGUCAACGACAACCCACCAAAGUUUCCACAGAGCGUGUACCAGAUGUCUGUAUCAGAAGCAGCUGUCCCGGGGGAGGAAGUAGGAAGGGUGAAGGCUAAAGACCCAGACAUUGGAGAAAAUGGCUUAGUCACAUACAAUAUCGUUGAUGGAGACGGCAUAGAACUGUUUGAAAUUACAACAGACUAUGAAACACAGGAUGGUGUGGUGAAGCUGAAAAAGCCUGUAGAUUUUGAAACCAAAAGAGCUUAUAGCUUGAAGAUAGAGGCCGCCAAUGUUCACAUUGAUCCGAAGUUCAUCAGCAAUGGACCUUUCAAGGACACUGUGACCGUCAAGAUUUCAGUAGAAGAUGCCGAUGAGCCUCCCAUGUUCUUGGCCCCAAGUUAUAUCCAUGAAGUUCAAGAAAAUGCAGCUGCUGGCACUGUGGUUGGGAGAGUACAUGCCAAAGACCCAGAUGCUGCCAACAGCCCAAUAAGGUAUUCAAUUGAUCGUCAUACUGACCUCGACAGGUUUUUCACGAUUAAUCCAGAAGAUGGUUUUAUUAAAACUACGAAACCUCUAGAUAGGGAAGAAACUGCCUGGCUCAACAUCUCUGUCUUCGCAGCAGAAAUUCACAACAGACAUCAGGAAACCAAAGUCCCAGUGGCCAUCAGGGUCCUGGAUGUCAAUGACAAUGCUCCUAAGUUUGCUGCCCCUUAUGAAGGUUUUAUCUGUGAGAGCGAUCACCCCAAGGCACUCUCCAACCAGCCAAUAGUUACAGUUAGUGCAGAUGACCAGGACGACACAGCCAAUGGACCAAGAUUUAUCUUCAGCCUACCCCCUGAAAUCAUGCACAACCCAAACUUCACAGUAAGAGACAACAGAGAUAACACUGCAGGAGUAUAUGCCCGACGUGGAGGGUUCAGUCGGCAGAAGCAGGACUUCUACCUCCUGCCCAUUGUGAUCAGUGAUGGUGGCAUUCCACCUAUGAGUAGCACCAAUACCCUCACUAUCAAAGUCUGUGGCUGUGAUGUGAAUGGGGCACUGUUGUCCUGUAACGCUGAAGCCUACAUCCUGAAUGCCGGUCUGAGCACUGGGGCACUGAUCGCCAUCCUUGCCUGCAUCGUCAUUCUUCUGGUCAUCGUUGUGCUGUUUGUUACCCUGAGGAGGCAAAAGAAAGAACCACUCAUUGUAUUUGAAGAGGAGGAUGUCCGUGAGAACAUCAUAACCUAUGAUGAUGAAGGGGGUGGUGAGGAAGACACUGAAGCCUUCGACAUAGCCACCCUGCAGAAUCCUGACGGCAUCAAUGGAUUUAUCCCUCGCAAAGAUAUCAAACCUGAGUAUCAGUAUAUGCCUAGACCUGGGCUGCGACCAGCACCCAACAGUGUGGAUGUGGACGACUUCAUCAACACAAGAAUACAGGAGGCAGAUAAUGAUCCCACAGCCCCUCCCUAUGACUCCAUCCAAAUCUAUGGUUAUGAGGGCCGGGGUUCCGUGGCUGGGUCCCUGAGCUCCUUGGAGUCUGCCACGACAGACUCAGACCUGGACUACGACUAUCUACAGAACUGGGGACCUCGUUUUAAGAAACUGGCAGACUUGUAUGGCUCCAAAGACACUUUUGAUGAUGACUCUUAACAAUAAUGUUACAAAUUUGGCCUUAAGAACUGUGUCUGGCAUUCUCAAGAAUCUAGAAGAUGUGUAAACAGGUAUUUUUUUAAAUCAAGGAAAGGCUCAUUUAAAACAAGCAGAGUUUUACAGAGAGGAAACAUUUAAUAAAACUGCAAGGACAUCAAAGUGGAAAAUACUGUGAAGUACCUUUUCCCACUUAAAAAGCAAAUAUUGAAGUUGUUUAUCAACUUCAGUAGAAAAAAAAAAACCACUUGGCACACAAAAUAUUUAAAUGAAGGAGAAGUCCACGGUGAACUUACAAUGAAGGGAAAUCGUCUAUGUGUUAAGAACAUCUAAGUCUCUCUUAUUUUAUUUUUUAAUUUGUCAAAGAAGCUUCCACAAAAUUAGAAAGGACAACAGUUCUGAGCUGUAAUUUCGCCUUAAACUAUGGACACUCUAUCUGUAGUGCGUUUUUAAACUUGAAAUAUAUAAUAUCCAGCCAGCUUAAACCCAUACAAUGUAUGUACAAUACAAUGUACAAUUAUGUCUCUUGAGCAUCAAUCUUGUUACUGCUGAUUCUUGUAAAUCUUUUUGCUUCUACUUUCAUCCUAAACUAAUACGUGCCAGAUAUAACUGUCUUGUUUCAGUGAGGAGCACCCUAUUUCUAUGUCAUUUUUAAUGUAUCUAUUUGUACAAUUUUAAAGUUCUUAUUUUAGUAUACAUACAAAUAUCAGUAUUCUGACAUGUACGAAAAUGUUACAGCAUCACACUUAUAUUUUAUGAACAUUGUACUGUUGCUUUAAUAUGAGCUUCAAUAUAAGAAGCAACCUUUGAAAUAAAAAAAAGAUUCUUUUUUAAUUCUGGGUUUGAUUCUUAACAUUGAAAAAAAAUAAGGGUUUCUAAUGAUCCAUUUAUAUUCCUAAUUUAAUUGUGAUCUUUAAUAACCCUAUUUAUGAUCUGUUGUAGUCUGCUGCUCUCAUUGUUUAUUUAAAUCAAAUAUGUUUGAGUUUUUUUAAAGAUAAGAUUCUGUAACUUCAUGUAAAUGAUUUUUUGUAUGUUCUGGCUUUUCCUGGAGUAUAUCUUCUAAAGAAGGACAUUAGAGAUCUAGACUAGCCUAUGAUUAGCCUAUGAUUUUACAAUAUGUUAUAUAUUAUGCAUUUAACCUGUGAACUCAUAGUUAUGAGAGACAAAUUCAUGAGGACUGCCAGACCUCUCGAUGUUCUAGAUAUAGACUUGAUGCCCUGCCUUGAGCAUUGUGGAGUUGAAGGGGUGCAGAGUCAAAGCCAACUCUGGUUUUCCUUAUGUAAUUUUUAUUAGGAUAAAGACUGACUGACAGUUGAAAGUUCUCAUUUUUGUCCUCCUGUAAUUUUAUUUUGUCUUCAAACAAUAUAAAAUUUCAAGUCUUAAUGAGAGAAAGGGCAAUUCACUCUCCAACCUUUAUUAUAGAAGAUGCUUUGGGCCAUGUACUCUCAAUGAGAUCAGGGAUGAUGCUGAACAUUGAUGAUUGAUGCCAUUUGAUCUGUGAUAAUGCCACAGUCAUCUGCAGUUGCCUCUAGUUUCCUGGGAAUUGGAACUUCUGUGAAGGACCUUUCACUUGUACAACGGACCAAAGGUCCAGACAAAGCAAUACUUGGGAAGACAUCACACAGAGUCACACUGCAAACACUUCCCCUCCUUUUCUUGAAACACAGGGCACAAACAAUUUUUUUCUCUUGGAUUAUGGAAAAUUUUGAUUUUUUUUUACUAUAUUGUGAUUAUUUCAUGAGACCUUAUAUACUGUUUUUUUAUGAUGCACUCCCUCCCAGUUCACUUUGCAUUGACAUCAAAUCAGUUGACUAAUUCAAUGGGAGAAACUUAGUCGACAUUGACACUUGAGAGUCUUUGAUCCCAGGAAGGAAUGUGUAUUCUCAGUACUUGCAUAAUUGCAGGUUACGUUUAUUUUAUAGAUAGGCUUUGUAAUCCAAAGAAUAUUUUGCUAGGUUCAUGCUGAUCUCCAAUUGAAUUUAAAAUUACUGAAUAACUCAAAAGGAAAAUGAACCUCACUCUGCUGUAAGUCCCCUCACCAUCAAUAUGAUCCUUUUACUUAUAUAGGAAUGUAGUCAGAAUACAGUUGACAACUUCUUUUCUUUUCCAUUUUUUCUUUCUUUGUUUCUUUUUCUUUUCUUUUUCUUUUUUUUUACUUUAAGUAUCUUAAUGUUUGUAGAAUCCUCUUAGAAGCUCGGAAAUAAAAUGUCUUUCCCAAUU